GGUGGCUGACUUCAUUUUUUUUUUUCCUCAGGGGUGGUGGCCGCUGUUUUGCUCCAUAGCGAACCCAGGGAAGCAUGGGAAUGCUGCGAGGAGAUUUGUGAGGAAAGUUGAGAUAAAGUGCGGAAUAAGUUGGCGUAAGUUGCUCAGACGGUGUUUUAACGUCAGGGGAGCUCGGCGGUAAGCACCGGAGGCCGUUAGCGGGAGCCUGUUGGGACGUUUCUCCAGCGAGCAUUUCCGGACAAAGGAAAGGAAACCUGAGCUAAAGCUAGCUGGCAAUGCAGGCCAUUAAGUGUGUCGUUGUCGGAGACGGUGCUGUGGGUAAGACAUGUCUGCUCAUCAGUUACACCACCAAUGCCUUUCCCGGAGAGUACAUCCCCACAGUGUUUGACAACUACUCCGCCAAUGUUAUGGUGGAUGGCAAACCAGUGAACCUGGGCCUUUGGGAUACAGCAGGACAAGAAGACUACGACAGACUCCGCCCGCUCUCCUACCCACAAACGGACGUGUUCCUUAUCUGCUUUUCACUCGUGAGUCCUGCCUCGUUUGAGAACGUCCGUGCCAAGUGGUACCCUGAGGUCAGACACCACUGUCCCAACACUCCCAUCAUCCUGGUGGGCACCAAGCUGGAUCUGAGAGAUGACAAGGACACCAUGGAGAAGCUGAAGGAGAAGAAACUCUCCCCCAUUACCUAUCCUCAAGGCUUGGCCAUGGCCAAAGAGAUUGGUUCCGUCAAGUACCUGGAGUGCUCAGCCCUGACCCAGCGUGGCCUUAAAACUGUGUUCGACGAGGCCAUCCGGGCCGUCCUGUGCCCCCCGCCCGUCAAGAAGAAGGGCAAGAAGUGCUCCCUCCUCUAAGAGCUCCUGCAGUUCCAGCGGCUACAGGGGGAAACAUGAACGCUAGAGACGAGAGGGUGGCUGAGGACACAGCAGAAAACACACCAGUAUCCACUCACAAUCAAUGUAAUUCAGAUUCUGUCCUUAAGUGUAGCUCAAGCGGUUUUCAUAAAAAAAAAAAAAAUCAUAGGUUCAGAUUUAGGCGUCGGGUUUUGGACCGUUAACGGUCCUGAUAACUCUUUACUGUACAGACUGUGAGACUAUGAACUUUUUGAGGCCUUCUAAAACCGAUUGGAUGUUUUCUAAAAACGGACUGCAGGGCGUCUUUAAUUUCCUCUUCCACCUGUUGUCCACUUUUUUUUUUCUUUUUUUUUUUUUUUUUUACAGUCGGGUUGUUUGUCGUAGGGUGGGAAUAAUAUUGCCAAAUCCAUUCUGCACACACACGCUGGUUUUUAGCCGAAAAUGAGAACCGAGUCAGUCUGCUGUUCAUUCAGCCCCUCGGUGAACGGCAUUUUUUUUUUUUUUUUUUUUUUUUUUUUAUCUCGCCACUUCUCCACCCUCCUCGUCAACAAGGAGCAGCGUAAAGUAACCUGGAGAAUCUGUAUCGUUUCAACCGAGUCCUCGAGCACCAAAAAAAAAACCCUCUCUGCCAUUAGUUUGUCGAUCCUUGAACGACUCACGACGCCUAAAACAGAACGGGGGCGAGCAGAUCCGACACCAACAGUGCUAUAAAUCCCUGAAUAACGUAAAGAGUCCAGUAUUUUCUGCAUUUUGUCCAAUUGAAUUUGUCUUUUUUUUUUUCACUUUCCCUAAACGUGUCUCGACGGAGCAGCCGUCUGCGAGUGGAGACGCCGGCUAACAUGAUUGCAUAGCGGAACAGAAAUGUUCAGAUGUCUUGGUGACGGUGGGGGGGGGGGGACAAGAGCACACGUUUCAUGCUCUGUGGGCAUUUACCGAAUACCUUUCGUGCAACACUUUUGAUUUCUUUUCUUUAAGCAUCACUACUGGCUGAGCAAUGUCACAACGAAGAGCAUCUAUGCCUGCUAAUAACACAGUAACGAAGCUACUGUCGGUCAUGGUGUAGUAGACAGCGUAAUCAUCUUUUCGUUAUAAUCGUGAUUUUGAUUUUUGUAUCUUCAGGCGUUACCCGCUCACUGUAUUGUUUAACUAACACUAUGAAUAUCCUUUUUUUUUUUUUUUUUAUUACCUCUACAGUUAACGCUACCUUAAUCUCCCUACAAGCCUAGCUUUUUUUUUUGUAAUUAAUGCUGAUAGCAUGUCUGUGCAUCAUAUACUGAAAACUAAGAUUAGAAAUGCUACAGUUAUAUAUAUAUUUUUUUUGCCUAUUUACAAAAUGUAUUUGAACUACUAGAUCAGGGGUUAAGUACAUGUUGCUCAUCGGUAUUCAGAAAUCAAGCUGUGCUUUUAUCCAAGCCAAUGUUGUGACUCAUUAGUUUUAAGGAUUUAAAAAAAUAAAUAAAAACUAUUGUCACUUUUUGAAAAGCCAAUAAAUUCCUGUAAAAACACUUA